UCGCCGCCUCAUCCUGUAUUUACUGCUAUCGAAAAUGGCCGCCGCGGAUGCUGCUGAGAUUUCACCGAGAGAAACAAAAACUACUUUCACACUCGAAUAAAGUGAACGGGUUCGAUUUGAAUGAAAUAUCAAACGCACCAUACAGCGAACUCUUUACUCGUGUUGGAGUUUACUUUGUCGUUAAAGAGUGCACGCGCACAUUUUAGCUCAAGCUAACAGUCAGGCGCUCACCCGUGUGCGCGUGGACGGGCUCGAGCGGAACCGGAGAGUCCAAUGGCCGACCCGAGAAAAGUCCCGUUCGUCACUCUCGCCUCAUUCAACAACACAUCAGCGCCCGAGUCCAAGAAACGCCGGCGGGAGGACGGAGAGAACGAGCCGCCGAACCCCAGCAGCGGUGCCGGUACUACUGCCGUCGGGCUGUUCGGUACCGGCAAGACAGCAGCGGACCCAGGAGAAACCAAUCCCUCACUGCGUCUGAACCUGAACCUGUCCGAACCGAACGAACAGAGAUCAGCGGAGUUUAACUACAGCGAGCUCGUGCACUCGAGCGUGCAGGUGAGAAAAGCUCCACAACGACUCGCACCCGCUCUGGACCCCAAUGACCCGUUUGCAGAUGAAGAUAAAGAGAGACGAGAGGUGGAAGCGCUCGCCAAAAAGUUUGAGAGCAAAUAUGGAAACGGCGGCAAGAAGAAGAGGAGAGACCGCAUGCAGGAUCUCAUUGACAUCGGUUACGGCUACGAUGAAACCGAUCCCUUCAUCGACAACUCGGAGGCUUACGAUGAGCUCGUUCCAGCUUCUCUGACCACUAAACUGGGCGGUUUCUACAUCAACACGGGCACGCUGCAGUUCAGAGCCGCGUCUGAAUCUGAGGGAGAAGACGGAGGAAAAAACUCCCGCCACAUCAAGAAGGACGGAGAGGAGCGCGUGAUCAAAAGAAGAAAGAAGAAGCAGGAAGGAUGUCUGGAGGAGAAGAAACCCAGAAAGUUCAAAGUGCCAAAGGCCGGAGUGUCCGCUCUCAACCGGCCGGAGAAGAAGAAGAGGAAGAAGCUGAUGAAGGAUUCUCUGUCUCUCGCCGCCAUGCUCCGACGCUUCACGCGGGAGAAAGAGGAGAUGAAGAAGAUCCCAGCGGUUGCUGCCAAGAUCUCACAAGCUCAAUCCAACACCCUCACCCCCGCCGGCGAUCUGUCCGUGGCCGACCUGACCUCUGACCCGGCCAUGAUGUCACUGCUGGGCGGGGCCACAGAGAACGACAUGCUCCAGGAGUUAAUGAGCGACCUGGACUUUGGACUGCUGGAUUCUCCUCAACCGUCCAGUCCGGGACAGAGCGAGAAUGGGUCAGCGGCGGGACAGAAAACCGGAGCCACUGCCAGAGUGCAGAAGACAGGACUGAUGCCUCCGCCACCUCUUCCCAACGGUCUUCCUGCACCCCUCCUCAAACGCAUCGAGGACCUGCGGGCGGCGUCUCGUCAGUUUGAUGUUGAGGGCAGGAAGAAGUUCUUCACUCUUGACAUGAACAACAUUCUGCUGGAUAUUGAGCUGCAGGUUCAGGAACAACACGCUUCUGUGCGCUCGGCGGUCUACUCUCAUCUGGAGGCGUUUGUUCCAUGUAAUAAAGAAGCUCUGCUCAAGCGUUUGAAGAAGUUGAGUCUGAAUGUUCAGGACGACAGGCUACGGACGCCGCUGCUCAACCUCAAACUAGCCGUGUGCAGCGUCAUGCCCGAGCAGAUCGCACGCUUCAACAUGGACUGCAUGGCCAAAGUCGCCAAGCAACAGUCGGAGGACGUUGAGAGAAACGGGUCUGAAGACGAGGAUGAAGAGAAGCCAGGACGAAGAGUGAUGGGACCCAGGAAGAAGUUUGUGUGGGACGACAAACUCAGGACUCUGUUGUGUAAUGUGGUGCGGGUGAAGUUGGGCUGUUAUGAUCUGGAGGGUCAGAGUUCACUCUCACUUGAAGAUUAUCUGAAGGUCUUCAUGGAGACGGAGGUUAAGCCGCUCUGGCCUAAAGGAUGGAUGCAGGCCAGGAUGUUGUUUAAAGAGAGCCGUAUGGCUCACGGUCAUCUCACCGGAAACACAAUGAAGAAAAGGAUUUUACCUCCUCCAAAAGCUAAGCCUAAACCUCAGGACAACGGUGGUGUUCUCCAGCGGUCAGUCGUCUCUGUGGAAGCCAUGCCUCCUUCUGCAGCAUCUGCGGCUGUGGUCCAGCGCGUGUCGUCUCCCCCUGAGCCCAUCUGUCUGUCUGACUCUCUGGAUGAGGAUCUGACCGCUCCCUCGCUGGACUCCAUCUCUCAUGCUCUGGCCAUGCUCAGCAGCGCUGCUAAAGGUCUGGUUCAGUCCGACAUCCCCCCGUCGACCGACGGAGCCAAACCCACCCCUUCAGCAUCACUGCACGCGUCUCCACAUCUGCCCAAAAAGAUCUCCCCGUCCCCUCCCACCGUCCUCUCGUCGGUCCGCAGUGAGGCCGUUAAAGGCGUGAGUGUUUUAUCUCAGACUCAGAGACAUUCAGUCGUACCUGCUCAGCGUCCCGCUGUCACAUCGGGCGGGAAGAUGGGUGUGCCAUCAGUGCCUGCUGUUCCAAAACCACGCCCACCUCCGACAUCAUCCCCUCUUCAUGCCCCUCAGAAGAUUCUGGGUGGCAAAACGGUGAUCGCCAUGCCGACGGGUCUCAUUAAAACCAGCAAUAAUAGCGGUGUCAGUCGUGUGGAUGCUCUGUCACGGACGCACACGCUUCCGACCACGUCAUCUUCACACUUAAACAUUAAAACCGUCCUGCCGUUUCACCUGACCACCCCGUCACAAGCCAAACCCACCCUGCAUCAGCCCGGCUUCAUCACGCCCAUGCAGGCCACCAUCACCAAAUCCCCCCACAACUCCAGUUCACCCAUCAUAAAACUCACACCCACCUCAUCCCCCACCUCCAGACCGCUCACAUUACCCAGCAUGCACCAGCACACGUCUAAGAGUCCAGGGCUUCACACAGGGUUUUCAGCAGGUGUUUAUAGUUCUCCUGUGGGACACAAGACAACAUCUCAGGGCAACAACAUGUCCAACCUCACCACCACAACCUCAUCUCUCACCAAACUACCUGUGAUCAGUGCGUGUCCGGCGGCAGGGACGGCCAAUCACAGUCAGAGGCACAGACAAGUGGGCGGUGCUAAUCAAGGGGUGAAGACCAUCACAUCGGUUUCCGCGGCGACAGCAGCAGCUCAGCUCUCACAGGUGUCGCCCUCCAGUGCUCUUCUGGGUUCAGCCGCUUCCUCUCUGCCGAUGGGUUUUGGGAUGUUGGGAGGACUGGUUCCAGUCUCGCUCCCGUUCCAGUUCCCAAACCUGCUGAAUCUGCCCUCAUCUGUGGUGUCGACCGCGGCCUCCAGCGCCUCAACAAACCCCAGCAGCUCAGGGUUUACCCUGUCUCAGAAUUUGUUAAAGGGUCUCAUGUCUGGGGCUCAGGGCGCUCUUCCUCCACACUUACAGCUGGCUUUCUCAGAUGUCAAUCAAACCCAGGGCGGAGACUUGAAGAGGAAGCCAUCGUGACAUCAGAGCGCUCCAGUGAGAUGAACUCUGAUCCAGGACUGACUCCUCCCACUUAUGCAUUAUCUGCUGAGCGUCCAAUGAGCAGAAGUGUUUUUAUACUCAUUUGAAUGAUGAUGAUGAUGAUUUGUACAUAUGUAUUCAUGUUUACACAGACCGACCUGAAACACUGUGGACAGAGAGAGACGUGUGUGUGUGUGUGUGUGUGUGUCAGCUGCAGUAUCUGUACAUGUUAGACUUCUUAUUCUUUCGGUGUGUUUUAGAGUUUGAACAGCAGUGAAUGAGUCUCUCUCUCUCUCUCUCUCAUGUGUAGGUCAGUGUCUCUGGUGCUGUUUAUGAAUUUGACGACCCUUUAAAAUAAAAACCGUAAACCAAAUGAAAGGGCAGGUGGAUGAAAACUGUACUAUACUUGAAUCUUCAGGAUUUGUUUACUUGAGCUUCAGGACGCAAGUAAAAUAAACAUUCACAAGCCUUAGUGA